AUGGAACAAGAUCAGCACGCACGUCGGAGAAGCAUACGCAUCAUUGAAAAGGCACUGAAAAGCGAAGCCAACACAGAGAAGACGCCAGCUUCAAUUUCCAAAAAGAAAGGCCGUCAGCAAAGUACUCUUGUCCAGACGAGCGAACAGAAGAAGCAAGACAUCACGGGGAAACGAAACUCUUCAAGACGGACACAAAAGCCUCAAGCUAAUACAGCAAGACGAGCAUCGAAGAGGACGGCACCACAAAAGACCGCCAACGCAGCCAAACGUGGCCGUCGAAAGAAAGCACAGGGUGUAGCCAGUACAAGGAAGCAACCUAAGCAGGAAAAAAACCAGCAUAAAAGGAUACGUCCCUCGACCAAGACACAGAAUAAACGGAAGACACAAUCACCAGAACCAUCAUCCUUGAGCCCAGAACCGCAGUCCAAGAAGCGGCGUCAAGAGCAGAACCCAGCACUUCCGGAUAGUAAUAUUGACCAAGAGUUGCCUCUAGAAAGUCCACGAUUUGAAGGGGAUGCUGCUGUAUAUUACUGGAUCAACAACGGAAUUUGGCCAAAAGGAAUGCCUCAAUCUACCCCUAACACCCAAUUAUUGAAUACCCACCUUGCUUCUAGGCCUCCAACCAUUCCGCAAGUGACACAAACCCUCGAGCCAACAACAGCGGCCAGGUCUAACCCCUAUGCUACAAAUGCCUGUAAGACAUACCUCAAGUCUAAAGGCAGCUACAUGGAUGAAGGAGUUGGGGUUGCAGAGAAUGAUGAAAGGAUAUGUCAGGAUCUUCUUAGAAGAGAAGUAUGUGAAACUCCCAGUGGCACGGCAUUUGAGGACAAUACUUUGGACUAUGUCCUGAAGUCUUUGCCAAACGCAAAUGAGAUCGGGGUCACUCGAAUGAUCAGUCAAUUGCUUGUUCCCUCACCGGUACUCGAGAUUUAUGGGAGUCGACUGCGUUCUACUCCGAGGUUGAUUGAAAGUAUGAAUCAGCCUUGGAGUUUGUCAACUUCUCUUGAUGAAUAUCCAAGCACACGACGUAGUGCAGGGGCUAGAGAACCAAUGUCAUUUCUUCCAACACCGCGACCAGACUAUGCUGUGGGCUUUUCACGUCAUGCAUUUACUAGCAAGCAGAUCCGCAAGCUUAAGCCAUUACUCGGUGGACCUGACGAGACUUCUGUUUGCAAAGGCAUAGAAGAUAUGCUUUUUCCAUUUCUAGCUUGCGAAGUAAAGUCCACUACAGCAAAUCUCCAGAUUGCAGAACGGCAAAAUGCUCAUACUCUGACUCGAUGUCUCAGAGGUGUCGUUGAGCUCUUCAAAUUAUUGGGGCGUGAGAAUGAAUUACACCGGAGAGUUCUUGGCUUUUCUUUUUGUCAUAAUCAGGAGCAGGUGCAGGUAUUCGCUCAUUUUCCCGUGGUCGAAACUGCAGAGCCGACUUCAUAUUAUCGUGUCUGUAUUGGAAAAUGGAGCAUAUUAGACGAGCAAAGAUGGAGGUCUUACAAAUUUUCAAUGGCCAUCUACCAUGACUGGGUUCCAACAUUUUUUGCAUUACUUUGUUCUGCAAUCGACCGUUUACCGGAUAUACCUCCGGACAUUGCACCUCGCCAGUCUCUGAUUCAACCCGAGAGCCCAACGGAGGAAGAAUCCUCGGGGGGCAAAAGAUCAUUUCCAGAGGACGAGGAACUGGUCAAAGAUACCAAAAGGAAGCGUGGCAAUCAACAUCAGCCAGUCAUUGAACGAAGGGCCUCCAGAGCUCCAAAGAGGUUGAAGGAAGGAUAG